CACGGCAACAACAUAUAAUACAACAAAGUAGGCCCGGCAUCGGUUCUACUGCAAGUAGUGCGGCAACGCGGGCGCGACAUUCGCUCUGUGUUUGUGUGCGCUCGUAUACCAUCCCGGACGGACGCUAUAGUGUGUUUGAAAUGAUUAGUUAGGUGUUGUGUUUUAUCGUUGUGAAGUUUUGUGCCCGAAUGUUUUGUGUGCUUCUCGCGUCCUGGAGUGACUUGCCCGAAGUGUUGCCCGUAGCUGAAGUCAUAAGGACAUUACAGAGGCACACACGAAGAACACUAGACCGUUCAAUCAGUGGUGAUGUGAUCUGUAAUGGAUUUUCCUGUUUGAAUCCUGUAGGAUUUUCGGAAAUGUGAAUGUUCCGCGGGCUUGCUCGAUUCUAACAGCGUGUGACUAAUUGUGCAAUGUGCGCCCUUCCGUGCCGAAAAGUAUUCGCGGAAAUACAAUGUGCUUUCGAUGCGUGAAUAUCCCCAACAAGGAGGAACAUUUGUGAAACUUAGUAGAACUUGCUGUGGUGCAAAUGACCGACCAACGUGAAUGUAUCCCACUGUACUAGCAACAAGUUAAGCGCGACAUAGUAGGGAAAAGAAGAUAUAAUAAUAUUGUGAUAAGAAAAGCAGAAAGUGUGUAUUAAGUAGAAGCAGAAGAAGAAGAAAAAGAAGAAUAAGAGGUGUUCGGAACGUCCGUUUUGCCUCUGUACCAAUUCUACCUCACCUCCUACCAGUACCAAUACAGUGCAAUCCGGAUGUCGUUGGGCGAGCGGCGUAGAAGUGCUUAAACACGCUCACUAAGUGAUCAACAAGCGCGCGAUGGCUGCCUCAGUCUACGCCACACCGCCGCCGGAACUGAGCGGCGAGGAAGCGGUGCUGAGCGAUGCCUCGAACUCAUCGCAAACCAACAGCUCCCACAGCUCCACGCUGAAAGCGUCCAAGCGUACGCUCUCGUCCUCGUUCCUGAACGCGGCCACAACGCAAAGCAGCUCGCUGACCACCACCUCCCAGCUCAGCUCCGACUCGCUGCCCGAUCUGUCCAAGAAGCGCCGCAAGCAGUCGAUGCCGAUCCGGUUCUCCUCCAACGGUGCGGCCAUCGAGGUGCCACCGGCGGCCGACACGACGAUAGUCGAUGUGGACGAACGGUCCGCCGAUGAAGCGCGGCCCGCUCCGGAAGAGAAGCAGCAGCAGCAGCAUCGAGCAACGGGGGAAGCGAACGGGUCGCCGAAUCCCGCCAGCCCGGCAAUGGAAACCGGCGACGACGAGGAGGAAGCCGCCCUGCUCGAGGAGCAGCAGAACAACUUCCAGAAGAUAUUCCUCUCGAACCUGAGUCAAUUACAGCAGAAGCACCUGCAGCUGCAGCAGCAACAUCAGCAGCAGAACAGCGAAGGGUUUCUCGGGCUAGCCAGUGCCGGUGCAACGCUGCCGGAGAGCUUCCUCACCUCCAAGCUGAACAGUUUCAUCGCGCUGAGCGGCGUGCGGACAGCGGCGGAUCGUGAGUCGAGCUCGCUGGCGCGAAGUGAGGACGAGGAGCACGACGAUGGCCGGGACGAGCGGGCCCAAUCGCUUGCCGAAGAGGAACCGAGAAGCCGCGAGCAGUCGCCUGUUAGAAAAAGCGCCACUGCCAGUGAGGAUGAUGGGCAGAAGCGCCAGGACGGUGAGCGCGAAGGUGGUAAUGGCCAUCCAUCAGCACACGCGCCACCGAGGCACGAUUCACCGACGGCCGACGAUGGGGAGGGAAUACGGCAACCGGAACAGCACGCAACGACAGCAAGCCCACCGAAGAUCUCGCUCAAGAAGGAGCUGCUGAUGGACCCGGAAUGGGACGGGGAGAUUCGGAGCAGUCUACCGAAGGCGGACGACUGGAUCUCGAUAGCGGGGCUGUCCUUUCCGUUCCCACCGGAGGCGGCCGCCGCCCUGUCCGCCUCGGGCUAUCUGCCGCAGCUGCCCCUGCUGGGCGUGCCGUCUGUGUCCGCGUUCGGGCCGGCCGGCGAGGGCAGCGGGGCCGGGCGCGGACCGGGCGUGCCACCGCUGCGCAUCUUCAACCCGGAAGCUUACUGCGACCUGUGCAACAAGGAGUUCUGCAACAAGUACUUCCUGAAGACGCACAAGGCGAACAAGCACGGCAUCUACGAGCCGGCCGCGAGCAACGGCAGCGCGGACGCGAACAGCUCCGCCCUGUCCGCCAUGAGCAACCCGUUCAAUCCGAUUCACCAGCUGUCGCAGGUGUUCCAGCUGCAGCAGCACCCGGGCCCGUUGGCGGGCGAACCGAUGGAGAAGCAGCUGCCGGCGCUGGCUGUUGCCGCGCUCGAGACGGAUCGUAUGGCGCCCCAGUCGAUGCUGCAGGGGGGACAUGCCCAAUCCCUGGCAGCUGGCCAACAGCAGCAGCAGCAGCAGCAGAGUCAGCAAAGUGCGGGCAAACCGAUGCCGCCGUUGCCGGCCCGCUCGGCACACUCGCCAAAGGUCGCCGGAGGAACGCCCAACCCAAUACAGCCCACCGUGUUUUGUGACAUUUGUUUCAAAAAGUUCAGCAGCCUCAGCGCCAUGCGCAAACAUCGCAGCAAGGCUCACGAGCUGUCAAGUAGCAGUAAUCAUCAACUGCAACAACAGCAGCAGCAGCAGCAGCAGCAGCAACUUCAUCAGCAGCUUCAGCAUCAUCUGCAGCAACAAUACCACCAGCAGCUGCAAAACCAACAGCAGCAGCAGCAACAGGCCGCAAAACACGCCAGCUCUCGGCCGGACGCGCCAGACGCGGGCGGUGUCGACUCCGCCACAAGCAUCACGUCCGGUGCGCUGCAGCUUCCCGAUGGGUUCCGCGAGGACUACACGAUCGAGCAGGAGGACGCCACGUUCACGCCGCAGCCCCGCAAACUGUCGCCCCAUUCGAUGCAGGCCGCCAAGGAGGCGAACUUCUCCGCGGACAAGCUGCGCCGCCUCGGCGUGGUCAACCCGGAAGCGUUCUGUGAAAUCUGCUGCAAGGAGUACUGCAACAAGUACUUCCUGCGCACCCACAGGCUGAAGCGCCACGGCAUCCUGCCCACGCCGGACGAGCUGAAGGACGAGGCGCGCCAACCGUGGGCCCCGUUCCUGCAGACCAGCCCGCUGAACCUGAUCAUGGGCGGUACGGCGGCGGAUGUUGUCGGCGCGCGGAUGGCGCUGCAGGCCGCGUCCCCUUCCUCACUGCGGAAGCUGAUAGCGGCUGGUGGCGGUGAGCUAACCGGAGCGGGAAAUGGCAGCAACAGCAGCGGCUCGAUCGCGAUCGAAGGUGCCAAGGGGGUGGAGAUUAAGCGCGAACAGUCCCCGUCGGCGAAGCUGGACAAUGGCGGCGGUGAGUCGGACGAUCAGCAGCAGUCGCAGGACGGUGCACCGGGCAACGGGAGCGGUGCCGAGGGGGGCAAGGACGGCAGCGACGAGGAUGCGGAGGCGAUCAGCGUCGACCUGCAGAAGCUACAGUCCAUGAUCAUGCAGCUGAACGAUCUGAACAGCAUGCAGCAGCAGCAGCAGCAGCGGAAGGUGGGCUGCGGCGUGUGCGGCAAGGAGCUGGCCAAUCAGUACCUGCUGCACGCCCACAUGAUCCAGGAGCACGGGGCGCUCGCGCUGGACAACAACAACGGCCCGAAAGGGUCGCGCGUGCCCACGCCGAACGCCGAUGCGCUCGAGGCGUGCAAGCAGUGCGACAAGGAGUUCGCGAACGUGUACAUGCUGAAGCAGCACCUGGUGGAGGUGCACGGCGGCGGGCUGCCGGGUACGGCGAGUCCGAAGCGCGAGGGUUUCGUCACGCCGGAGCGUCCAACGACGGGACCACUGCCGGGUGGGACCACUGGAAGCGGUGGUUCGGCCGGUGGCAACGUCCCGAUGCCACCGGGCGCUCCCGCGUACGCCGACCGCAAGCCCAGCUUCUCGAUGACGCCCACCAGCAGCUACUGCGAGAUCUGCAACAAGGAGCUGUGCAACAAGUACUUCAUGAAGACGCACAUGCAGCGCAUGCACGGCAUCGAGAUCGAGAACGGGGCCCAGAUCGGGGGCGUCGUGUGCAACAUCUGCAACAAGGAGCUGUGCAGCAAGUACUUCCUGCGCGUGCACAAGCACAACACGCACGGCAUCGUGGAGGAGGGCGCACCGCUGCCGCAGCCACGCCAGAACGGUGCGGCCGCGCUGGCCGGCGAGCUGGGCGCGGAGUCAACCGAUGCCGGGUUCCCCGGCGGACCGGCCGACCUGAAGCCGGGCGAGGUCAGCGACCUGAGCAACCGGUACUACUCGCACUUUACCGAGGUGUGUCCGCUGUGCAGCCGGCGCUUCCGCAGUGCCAAGUGGCUGCGGGCGCAUCUGCUCAGCGACCACGGCAAGGUGGGCGUGGAGAAGCUGAAGGAGCUGGAGCAGAAGCUCGGCGCCCAGAACGGUGGCGCGUUGAUGGGGAAUGGGCCGGGAAGCGCCGGCAGUGGCAAUAGCCGCAGCAAAUCGAACAGCCCGUCGCUGAAGGUACCGAACGGGGCGGCGGCGGCAAACAGCGAGGGCGGCAAGUAUGGGCCAAAGUCGCCGUUCGGUGGGCUGAGCCCGGCCGAGGCCGUCAAGUUCCUGCCGAAGGGGGCCGGCAGCAUUCCGGCACUGUUCGGGCCGGACCAGCAACAGCCAGGCUCGCCGAUGGGCGGCCUGAAGGGAUACCAGUGUUCGUACUGCUCGUUCGCAACGCCACUGCUGCCGUUGCUGUUCAUCCACGAACGGUCGCACUCCAGCUUGAGCAUCGUACAGCAGCAGCUUCUUCAGCAGCAGCAACAGCAGCAGCAGCACCAUCAACAGCAAGAGGAAGCGCAAGCGGUGGCGGCAGCGGCUGCGGCGGCGGCGGCUGCUGCGGCCGCUGCCCUCGGAGCCGCACCGUUCGCACCGCUGCUCAAGUCCGAAUCGGCCGUCUCGCUGGCGAAGGACCAGUCGGCCAGCCAGCUCAUGCCCGGCACCUCGUCCGAAACGCCCUCGUCGACGCCGGCCUCCACCCCGAUACCCUCGCUGUCGCAGGAAGCGCUCAACCUACACCAGCAGCCGGCCCGACGCUCCCAAAGCCCCGAGCUGGCCGGAUCGCCCCGCCCCGAGCUGGACGCACCGCCGAAGCCAGCCUCGCCGAAGCCCGCCUCGUCGCCGUCGGUGCGCGGUGAACCGGCCGCGAUGCUCUCCGAGGUGGCCAACCUGACCCAGCGCCCGGCCGUGUACGCGCUGCCCCAGCAGAGCGGCCCGCUCAUGAUGCAGUCGUUCCUGAUCGAGGAGUCGGCGGCAGGUGCCGGCGGGGGCCCCCGGUCGCCCAGGGAUGCGUCCGACAAGGCGGACGGGUCGUCGCCGCUCGCCCCGGAUCACAGGUUCGUACCAGCCGUUGUUUUCCUACCCGUUAAAGAGCGUAUCCUCUCGCCGAUGACAAUAUCGUUCAAUCUGAGCCCGGCCUAAACCGGGCCGGGGUGGGAACCGGGUGUGAACGCCCAGACCGUUCCCUUCCUCUCUAGUCUCUAGUCAUCCAAAUGGCCCGACCGGCUGAACCGGGUGCUGACGGGGCAAAAUCAACCUUGUAUCGCAAAGAAAAUCCGCAAAUACGUACGUAAAACUUAUCCUUUCGAAGAAGAAAACAAAAAUCCAAAUCCACGACCUAGAUCUAUCGCAAGAAGAAGAAGAAGAAGAAAGUAUAAUAAUAUGUGAAGCUAGUGAAUGUAAAACCCCUAACCUUUAAAGUAGACCUAAUCGCCGGGAGCGAAAGCAUAAGUUCUUUGUUUGCCGGCAGCAAACCAAGCAUAAUGCUAUGGCCUGUCUGUUUCGACGCUGUCAGACACUUGUAGAGAAAUUCACACAAGACAGAAGGGCUUUAAUCGUAAUCGUUGCAACAAGUAUCACCAUCCAAAACGCGUUUGGAUGCAAAACUAAGGCCAUAAACACGCAGAAAACUAAGCAAAACUUCCUUCAUAUGUGUAGUGCGUGCCGGCAUUGGUGAUAAAGGUGUGUCACCUUACAUCCAGGAUUGAAGCGCAAGACUGAACCAAAGAGAGAGUUACCUAUAAAAAACGCUAACAAACACAAACAACCAGCAAGGUCAUUAUAAAGUCUCUGUGCCAUGUCCCCGCUGUCACGCUGUGUGGAAGGAUGAUUGUUUUAACCGAAUCAGUAAACUGUCAAGCUUUUUAUCAAAUCGCUCCCACACAGCCCAAGCAAAGCGAAGUAUCGACAAAAAGCGAUCGAAACAAAAAAAUACAAUGAAUGUUUGUCUCGACUAAUCUUUCAAAUGAUAUGGCAAAUUAAUCAAAAUAACAACAAAAUAGCUAUAAAGCGUGUAAUUCAUCUGCUCCUGCGUAAGAGGCGGAUGAAAAUAAGAGUGGACCACGGGUGCGCCUGUGUGCAGGAGAUUCAUUUAGCGGCGUGGCAGGAAGGAAGCAGAGAAGGCUAACUUCUUCGUGAUGUUCUAACAAAGUUCCUAUUAUGAGUAAAACUGAAACAAACUGACAACUGAACUUGUUGUAUUUCUUCGGGUAUGAUAGAUUUUUUUUAGAGAAAAAGUCUUAUGCGUCGUUGAAAGAAGGAUAGAGACGGCAGAACCUACAUUGUGCUUUGCGGCCAUUUUCGCGUGAUAGGAAAAACGCAAAUAAAUCCGCAAACAUAAACAGACGAACAAGCAAACAAAAUCGAUAAGUGUGUAGCGCUAAAAUAUCAUUUUUUUGUGAACGCCAUAAUAGGGAUUGUUAAUAAUUUAUGCAACCGAUUGUACCAUUGAGCGCAGAGAGGAAGUGUUUGUUUGAAAUGUUUUAAAAGCGCUACAUCGUUUCUGAUUGUUUGCAUCUUUAGGUUAUGUGUAGUGUAGUGAAACAAGAACGUAACAAACAAACAAAAACCCAGACAGAAUGUAUAUUUAUGCAAACACAGACAAACACAAAUCAUGGAUGAUGAUGUAUAGGGGAAUCAUUCCAAAACAUGAAUUACCAUUUACUCAGGGUAUUCGAUGGUACAACCGAUGGCAGACCGGAAGAGAGUGCAACAAAUAUUAGGCUAAACGUAACUGCGAACUACCUAGGGCAAGGCGUGUGGCGGCACGCAACUAUUCAGGGAUGAUAAAAGGUAGUGCACCUACCACUUAGAACGUAGACAAAAUACAUGUCGCCGCAAAGCGAAGAAAUACUUAUCCAAACUCACACAAACACCGAAAGUUACCAGAAGGCGCCGUAGAUCCUGUAAGUACAAGAGAUUCUAUUUAAACGAAGAUAACCAAAAUAAACCCCGCAAAGCAAAGCAACACAAAGUACAGUGGGUAACAGGGCCGGGAAAUUCGGGGCAAGCUCCCCGUUGGCCACAAUACUUCCUCCUUCAGUACGUAAUAUGUCGUCGUAAUAUGUUGAGCGAACCAAACAUUCAAAUCAUUGCUAGUCAAAACCGAAACCAAAGGGCGAUUAGAUCAUUAAACAAAAUCUACCAUUUAUAGCAUAUACUUAUACAUAUACAUAUACAUACAUUAUUAUAUAUAUAUCCUAGCGUAAUUACCUAAACACCCUUAAAACAAAGAAAACUUAAGCUGUUAGUGUUAGUAUGCUGUCUCUUUUUCCUCAGCUGUUUUAACGCAAUCCUUUUACCACCAGCAACCCACAAAAGAGUAGUUACCAAAGAGGCUCGUUAGACAUUUGUUGCAACCAAACUCUCGGAGCAGCAGAGCUAGUUUAAGUUAGUGAUCGCAUUUAAGUUUAAGCGAUCUUCCCGUCUCGUGUUUGACAUCAUGGAGGAGUCGAGCAGCCCGUAGUACAGCCAGUACGCAGUAGAAAUAGGCGAGUUGCUAGAUCCUUAGGAUAACAACCUUGGUGUAAAUAAUUUGUACGCUUACUUUUUUGACUUCUUUCCGUUCGGUGUCACGGUGUGUCCCUUUCCCGAUUCGGUCAUAUGCAGACGGGGGUGUGGCUACUCCCAAUCGGUUCUCGCAGAGCUCUUCUGGUUUUAGUGUCCUGUUUCCGGUAGCAGUAAUUGCUGUUCCAUCAGUCGAUCAGUCCCGCUUAGCAGUUUAGUAGUGUAGUACAAACGAACCAGAAGAUAGUUCCCUUCUCCUCAUUAGAGGUCCCAAUCCCAGCGAUGCGUUAAGAUAAAACAACAUACAGAAAAUCCCCGCAAAUCUACGCAACGGGCAAAAGCGAUCCAUGAUUCUCGAGCAGUUGCUCAGGUUUACCGGGAGAAAACCCCGUCGUUUCCUCUUCAGUGUAUCGUACGGUUGGUCGCGGAAAUUCGCAAAGCGAUUCUGCACAAUUGUUAAUCCACUGCUUUGGCACCUUUUGUGGCGAAGCGGCAGGAUAUCAGGCGGGUGCGUAGUAGGCUCUCCAACAGGUUGGUUUCCUUCGAAACAAGACAUAAGGAGUGGAAAGAUAGGAAAGACUUUCCUGUAAGAAUCUUCAGGGUUGGUACCAAGCAAGACAGAGAGAAAGGGAAAGAGCGUAAAUGCGAGAAAUAGCAAAACAAGGACUAUGGAUGCGUAACAUAUGAUGAUAAUAGCACGUUUUCUGCAAUUGCUAUAAAACAAAACAAAAAAAACAACAAUGGAACUGUACAAUGCUGUGUGCCUUUUUUUUAGCAAUUGCGGACAAACGGAUCAAUAAGAAAGCGUACCCAGGCUCGAAAGCGGAAUAGUAGAAACGAAACAAUAUACAGAAGGAAGUGAGAGUAACACUGCAAACAAAUGACGUAAGCAAAGCACGGGCUACAGGAGCGCGAGAUGUGUGCGUUAGGGGCGUUCGGAAGCUGGAUUGUUUGAGUAAUUAAGAAUUAAUUAGUAAUAUUUCAUAUAUUUGUAAUAUAUAAUUUCGGGUGAUAUAUGAAGUGUUUGUAAUUAAUUGUGACCGGGAAGACUAGACACCACGGGAAGACAAAAGACACGGGCAAGAAUCCACAACACAAAAGCGACCGGGUCGUAACAGCAAAGGGCAAAACAAUAAUUGAUAAUAAUGCAACUAGAACAUGCUAAAGACCAGUGUGUAUGCUUUGUAAGACCGAGCAAUCGGCUGGUGAUGAAUGCUGCAGAAGAGAACUACCUAGAGAAACAGCAGAAGCAGCGAAAGGUGUUACAUAGAGUACUGUAUCAAACACAUGCCAUAGUUGGUAUCACACCUUUUCACUAUUUAACUUCGACGAAAGACACACACACAGAGACAGAGCCCAGUAUUAGGCAGAUGUUAGGACAAAACUACACCAAAGAUCAAAUCUGGCGCCUGAUCGAAUAUCAUCAACUAUACAUCGCGACUGCCAAUACCUCAACAAGAGACUGAACUUCCAGCAGAUAAUCACACGAUCCUAAUGAUGUUCCGCUCGUCCACGUUGCGCUAUCUGCUAUCAAUCUCUGGUUUCUGCUGAAAUUUAUUCAAAACCUUUCGAUGUCAUGCGCUGAAACGUAAACACGAGGGAGGAUCAAUUAUUUUGAAUGCCAUAUUUAGAUGAUAUAGAACACACUAUUAGCUCCAUAUUUAACACCCUUUUUAAUAAUGACUGAAUGCGUGUUGAAUGUUUUGUUUAUCGUUUUCCACCUUAGACAUCCACCACAAGUCGACUUGAGUCGCUAAGAGAUAGCGAAACCUGACGUCCCAGCACGGGGGUGUUUUGCAUACUCCGAUUUAAUUGAAUCAUUCGUAACGGCACAUAAUCGCUUGCUUCAUGGUUCUUGUAACGCUGUCGACAAGGAUGUGUUUGUCUAGCUCACAGCUCAACAGCGUAGAAUCUAGAUCGUCUAGAUCUAGAAGUCUGUUUCGGGUUGCAAGGUGAUACAAGACACAAACACUGCGAAAGAAACCCCAAAGAAAAUUCACCCAGGACACACACACCACAGGAUUCCUCAGUCAGUGAAGUUUCCCUUCUCAACGGUGGCAUGGUAGAACGAUUGUGGCAUCCGAUUCGUUAUGGCGCGAUAGCAUUUUGCAUCGAAAUGAAGUGAUUAUUAGGCGCCGCCUCAGACGUUGCUUCGCUGUCUUUGAAAGCUUGCGACGUUGAAGUUCGUUCGUGCGCUCCGUUUCACAAUGGAAAUUGUUGGAGCGAUAAGGUUUCGAUGUUUUACAGUCAGUUUGAGAGUUAAAGUUUGAGGAGAACCAACAAUCUUAUCGCUAUUUUAAAUGUGUUAUUUUAUGAAUUGAAAUAGCCGUGGCCGUCGGUAAAGAUGAGAUUUGUAAAUCGGAAAAGUUUGAACAAACUGGCGCCAUGUUCGCGAGUCCUUCGGGAUGACACCACCCAUCUUGCCGGCGCGUGCUUUAUGUCCCAAACCGAGUGUGCACAAUUUUGAUGAACGACCCAUUAGUGGUUUUCAUAAUAAAAAAAAUGUUUCGUUUUUCGUUCGAUGUGACCAGCAACACAUGGAGCUGUACCGAGCCACGGCCAAAACUUGCUGGACAGUUUGGUGGCGAUUGUUAUUACACUCACACCAAUAUCUCACCCUCUCUGUGGCAGCAACUGCGAAAGGAGUGUAUUUUUUGUGGUUACAAAGCAAACAAACAAUUCUUAUCAAAAUAUAAAAUCCCCUCUCGCGCGCUCCCUCUGUCUCUUUCUCGGUGGCUAUUAUGAUAAGCCGUCGUUAGUAUUUUGUUCGCUUCCUGCGCUGGCAUAGUCCUGGUGUGGCCAGGGACGGGCGGUGGCCCAGGGAAAAUAAAUUAUUUAUCGAUUUUAUUUUUUGUUUCACGCGCGUACGCCUGCCAUUUCCUUUCCUCGGCGGCCUCAAGCGUUCAUUAUGCUAUCUCGAAGUCAUUAUCGAAGCUGAAGUUUUUAUUUCGAUUUUUCCCAUAAUAUCUACCGAAAGUGCCAGUGCCCGAAAAAGCGAAAAAAAAUAACAGUAAAAACUAAUGGCAGAGGGUUGAGGGUGUGAGAAAGAGAAAGAGACAUGCGACAAACGACUAAAACCGAUCCAAUAUCUGUCGAACUCGAAGACUGAUACCAUUUCGGCGGUAACGUCAACAUCCAACGCUGGGUCGUCGUGGCCCGGGGAGCCGGAACGCGCUGGGACACAUAUAAAUCCGUCCGGUUUUUGUCGUGCACCCUUCCACACACUACCACUACUACUACUACUCCCACAAACUGGUCAGUCUGGGGUGGAUUAAUGGCGAGCCCCUUCGAACUUCUGUGCGGAUGGGUUCUGUAAAACUGGUCAAUCCAUUUCCUACUUUGUGGCGGGGAGGGUGGAUUGGUGGCGAACCAGUAAGGAUCAUAUAAAUUUGAUUAAAUUUAUGUAUGUGCGCAGUUAAUGACCACCGAACGGUUCAUUGGGUUGGUGUUUUUUUGUUGGAAUGCCACCAUCUCCGUCCGUCUCUGGCCCUUUACUGCUAUUGGGCGGUUAUGUGUUAUUUUACGCCUCUUCGGACUCGGGGGCUCACUGUUUGGGAAGCAUAAGGUUUUUGUUUUGUUGUUUUCGAAUGUGACUGAUGAUGCGUCUGCGUGUGUGAGUUCGAGUGUUAUUGUAGUCUUAUUGUGUGAUGUGUCCACUUCAAUUUUUAUCGCCCAAAGGCAGAGGGAGCGCAUUUGACGCCACGCCAGAAAUCUUGUGCUCUGCGCUGUUUUUUGCCAAUUUAUCACGCUGGACACCAUUUUUGCCACUCACACACACACAUGUGUCUGUAUCACUAGUUUGUCGUAAAAAAAUCAAUAACGCUGGAAAACGAAAUGCAUCAUAAACUGUCGCAGCUUUGUGGUGAUAAAUUACAUUUUUUUACACACAAAUAUGCUUCAACCCAAGGGCCGCUUUUAAAGCGCGGCAGGGAAACUGCACACAACAUUUCCCCUCUCCCGACACGAACCUGCAGAGAUGGGCUCGAAUUUCGAUUUCUCUUUAGUUUAAUUGUUCAAUACUGAACGUUUAUUGCUGCUUGGCAUAAAAAUCGGACCCUACUCGCCACAGGAUACCAAGCCUGGGCAUCGCAAGGGCAUGCCAAUCCCAAAAAUUUAACCGAAAAUAUUCAAAAUCUGGCACAAUUAAUGGCCCCUGCCACUAUGUAAUGCUCUAUUCCAUUCAGAGGAAAACUUUUUUUUCUUCUACUUUUCCUCUCAAUGCUCAAUUCCAAUCGCGUGCUCGUUCCGCGAUAUGUUACACACUGUUUUGAAAAUAAUAAUGGUUUUUGUUGUUGCACAGGGGGGACCCCAUGCUUUGCAUUCGAAGGAAAACCGAUCGCCACCUCGGCAUUGUCCCUUCCGUCAAUGUUAACAAACGUUUCCCUUCGAAACCAUUUGGGUGAACCGAGGAGAAAAGGGGACUGCAGAAGGUUCGUAUCUCUUCCCGAAGGUCCUAAAAACUAUUGAACAACGACGGUUGAACCAAUUUGCAGCCUCCGCCUGUAUACAGGACACGUUCGUCGCUUGGUGUUUUUGGGAGAUUUUUCGUCCUUUUUUGCGUCGUUGUUCGGAUAUUCAUGAUUCAUUGAUCUGUGUAGUAUGUGUGUGUGUACAUAGAUUUGUAUUUCUUCUUUUGCAUUCUACGACUUCAAUUUUACUAGAUUCAAAUUCACACACUCACAACUGUAUGAGAUUGCUGAUUUCUCCCUUCUUGAAGGGAAUGGUCGUUCGAACCGUAACCAAAUUAACAGCAUAAAUUAUAAUUAUUCCAUGCUGCUGCUGAUGCUGCUGCUGCAGGACGCAUGCACAAGCGAAAAGCCGAUUGUAUCGAUGAAUUAACGGCCAUCGGCACGGGGCAAACGGUCGGUCGGUCGGUCCGAAACACUCGUAGGAAUCAAAAAUUUGCAUCCCAUUUUAGCCGGAGGGCGAGUGAGUUUUUGGUUUCCAUAUUUUGCAGCAGCAAGCUUGCGAAGGGUGGAAUAUGGUUUAGGUAAUUCUAUCGGCAGUGCAUGUGCCGAAUUUGUGAAACGAAUGAAUUUUUUCUAUUGCAUUCUUCAAGGGCACGUAAUAUUUUUACGUUGCACUAUCCUGUAAAAUGAACCCUCCAGAUGGACAAACUCGAUGGCAACCGAGAGUGCUUUUUUUGUUCGAAAAAGAAUUUCAUUUCACAGUCCCUUUGCAAACUGAUACAAUGGCCAACGCCUAGAUGACCCUUGUCCAGAAUUGAUCAGCGGUUGAUAGCAAAUAGCAGGCGGGCGACGAAAGUGGACGGAACAAACCAACCGAACAGAGAUAAAAUAAAACAAAAAAUAACAACUUGACCACCAGGGUAGUACAAAGAUUGGCUCAAUUUACCGACGACUUGCCUACGACGCGCAUUAUGCUGCUGCGUAUCUCGAGCACGGGAGCUGCCAAAUGCAAAAAGCGCAUCAACCACGCGUAACCGAGGCAGAGGGUAGCAGCGAUCGAUAUCCGAUAGCCUGUCGUUUCGAAAUCGUGCAACGCGAGAACAAUUGUGCAUAAUCGGUUACGGCUGAAACCUGUAAUCGAUGCGCCGGGAACACUGAACACAGCGAAUGGCCGUACAUCGCGAAAUGUGGAUGCUUCAACGAGAUAACGUAAUGGGAUCGAUUAUUAUAGCAACAAAAAAAAACAUGAACAUUUCAAGGAAUCGGCAAGGCGAGCCAAACGAUGAUUACACCAACAUCACAUAAUACAUAAAAUCCACCUUCUCAAAACAGGCGAAUGAGAUAGGUCAGAACUACAAACACAUCGCGUAAAGAAAAAGCAUAACAAAAACCUUAUCCAACGGAUGAUGGUUGAUGAUUUUGUACAAAAAAAAGAAAGAAAUCGAAAAAUAUUGCAACCAUGUAACGACAGUGCAUGGUAUAAUGGUAUGUGUAGUUAAAUUGCAUUUAGAACGCAGCAAAUUUGGAGUUUAUUCGUAUGUCUCUCGUACUCUAACUAUGAAUUGAACGCAUGCAUUCACACAUAUAUAUCUUAGAACAAAUUCUCAGGCGUCCAGAACUACAACAGACAUUUUUGUGUGUAAGGAUACGUAAGGAAAGGGAACGCAAACCGAAACCUAACUUACCUACUACUAUGGUUGCAGGACUAAUUGUGUGUACUUUAAGGAAAGAAAUAAAAUACAAACAUUUAGUAACAAAUCCACGCCCCACUGCAAACAAAACAAACCCCCAGCUGCAAAGAAGGAAAGCAUACUUCACAUGGAACAAAAUUUCAGAGGGGGGAAAACUGUUUCUAGGAACGCGAAAACUGCUUAUUGAGGAAAUUUUGUUUGCAGCAAGUUUCGUACGCGUAACAUUACAUUAAUAUGCAACCAAAGCCAAGCGGCGAUGGCACUGGAUAUCCUUCCCACUGUGCAGAAUUGUUUGUUGUGGACGUGAAAAGCAAAACAGUGGACAGUGUGUGUGUAUGGUAAACAAACUUAUAUCGUAACAAUUAUUAGUAGCAGCAGAACAAAGCAGUGUUUUAUGAGGUUAAGGUUUUUGGGGGCUUCGUGGGCGGGUAAAGAAACAAACAAAAUGCAAAUCGCGUGAAACAACAUUGUUCAACAGUCUCAGGAAGUAUAACAAGACACAAACGCAAACUAAUAGACUAACAGAGGAAGGUAAAACAAUGUAAAACUAUGUGUGAAUUAUCUCUCAAACACAAACAAACACUAUUACAAACAAUUUCUCUUGAAAAGGAAGAUAACUUAAAAAAAGAAAGAAAUGAAACACAAAAAUAACAAUAACAAUAGCAGCAGAUAAGUGAACCUAUAACACGCUGCAAACGAUAAAAAAGUGGCUAAUGGAAUAGAAACAAAAGUGCAAGCAAAACGGAAAAUCAAACCAAUAGUAUGUGCGUGUAAAUGUUAGACCGGACAAAGAUACAAAGUAGCAAGUAACAACAAAACGUACCUUUUGAAGCAAACCCCUAAACUUAAUGCAACUCUAGCAACCAAAACAAAUGAAGGUGGAAAAAGCAUACAUUUAAAACAAAAAAUGAGCGAAAAAUCAAAAGAACCUUUUGUACCUUUGUGCACCUGUUAUUUUGUAGGUGCCACUGGUUCAGGUUCAAAAACUCCUCUCGUAUCACCUUCCUACAACACACAAAGAAUAAGCAAACAGAACAAGAAAACACAAACAAAACCCGUAAACAAACCCGUUUUGCUCUCAAAUACAAAGGAAACAGAACGUGAGUUUCAAAAUGCCAGUUACCAAGUUAAUGUUUUUUAGUUUCUUUUUUGUUUGUUUUCUCACGCGGUUUUAUAUCGCUCUGUUAUGGCAACAAAUGAGUUGAAAAGUCGUUUUGUUUUGUUUUGUUUUUUUUUUUUUUUACCGUUAAGCAAAGCUGACCGCUUCAGGUGGUUAUGGAUGGUACACGCUUUUUACGAGUUUCCGUAUACUAAUUGCAAAACACAAGUUUGCAAAGCACUUCAUUUACCUUCGUCCCACGCCUAGCUCAAUCAAAUAAUCGUUAAAAGAUCAUAUCCGUUUACGAUUUUAACAUCGCAUCAAACAGAACACUCACUGUACGGAGGCGAUGUAGGGGCGAGUGUACAGGGAGAGCGAGACGGAUGCUGGGUUAAGGGCUGGCUGCUGCAAGUUGAAGAUUUCGACAGUCAAUGUCGGUUGUUGGUUGGGGUCCAUCCAUCAUGCAAUUUAUGGUUUGUGGAUGGAUUAUGUUUUAUAACCUAUAAAAUUGCACAUCCUUUCUCGGCAAAAGGAAGCAUCCUCCUACAACGCUUGAAUAUGGUUUAUUCAACUGCGACAAUAAAAAAAAACAGCAAGCAGUCGUUUAUCGUGUUCUCGUAAUGUGGUGUGCGCCCUCAGUCCGGGUCAGUUUACGACAUUUGAUGUCAUGUUAUUGGGUUGCAAAACUUUUAGCAUCCUUGUUUGUCGCUCGCGAAGGCACAGCGCGUGUUUGGAAUUAAAUGGUUUAUUUUGCUUUAAACUCCUUCACUUCUUAAUGCAACAUAAACUCACUGGAGUUAACGUGUCCAACGGCUUCAUCUGUUUGUAAUUUUUCACACGCUAAGUAAACAUGCGUUGCACGUAUCAGUGCUCCGGCUUGUACAUUUGCAAUGGACCUUCGGCCUCAUUCUACUCCACCUUUCAAUCAGCUAUUCCUUCCAAAAUGAGUCUAUUUUGUGCACUCUUUCUCUUUGCACGUCCAAGUAAAGACGAAAUGUUGGCUGCUUGAUUUACUAUUUGUGUUCAUUUAGUUGGGAUUGAAUCUAUAUUUUCGCCCUAUCCCCCUAUUUCGCCUUUCCUUUCCUUUUUCUAUGCUUUUGUUUCCCUCUUCCUAAGUAAACUGACGAUAGUAUAGCUAGAUGGGAGCGUGGUAGGUUCGAAUCGACACUACCACCUUGUCGAUUUACAAGCCAUCGGCCACAAGCGCGCUGCUGUGCCGCAGAUCCGUGUCCACAUGUGCAACGGGCUUCUUCAGCGUUCGUCUUACGUAAAGUGAAAUUGCGAAACAACCACAAAACGUGUAGCAUACAUCAAAAACUCUGCCUUUUUCCCAUCCUCUCCUCUCUAUAUUAGUUGGCCCUCUAACAUCAGAAUCCAGAAUCAACAAAAGCGAACGCAUUUAUUCGGUUGAAUCAUACUGUUUUUUGUACGUCGGUUGCUUGGUAGUUUUGGACUCCACACCGCAAUGAUGGCAGUAGGGCUACACCAUAUUGAGGUAUAUUGAAAAACAUCACGAAGGAAGCAACGCACCAGCAUCUUGGAAGCUUGCAUAAACAUUCAUCAGUGCCGGAUGGACGUGGUACCAUCGAUAGCUAACGCUGACGCACUUCCGUCGAUAGUGGUGGUGCUGGUCGUGAUGGUGGCACUUUGCAAAAAAGAAGGGAAAUGGUUUUCAUUUUCCACCCUACUCUACGCACAGACCAAAGAUGCGUUUCUCGAUGUUCUCUAUUCUGUGGGUAUGCAGCAUCAGGCCAACGUACACUGGCCAUGGUUUGCGGGCUUGUUGCCAUUACCAAAUCUAGGACACAGAGCCCGGUUACCGACUGCUUGCGUGAAACUGCGCUUUUCUCUAUGGGCUUUUUUGUUGUUGCUUUUGCUGAGGUUUUGGUACAGCAAAUGUGGGUUGUUCAAUUUCCUGCUCCUGCACACACACACAUACACAAAGCCUCUAUAUGUGUGGUGAGUAUUGGCAUGUUUUCCUCUGGUCCUUUGCCUCUCCAGCUAUCUACAGAUUCUAUAGAAACAUGAAAAUGGGCAAAUGAAGAAGAAAAAAAGCUUCUUCUCUUAUCGUUUGGAAUAUCUUACGCAGGCCAAUGUGUUGCUUGUGCCAAUUUUUACCUUUCCCAGCUAGCCCGGGGAGUAAAAACCAUUCGUGGGUCAAGACAGCACUGGGUGAGAUUGUACAGUGGCACCGACCAAUCUGUUUUAAGGCAAGUUUUAUUUUAAAUUCUUUAUAAUCGAAGGUUUUUUUAAAAGUAUAACUAAAACUGUUAAGAAUUCCCUGAUAGCAAAGAUUUCUUUCACAAUUUUAUUGGAAAAAUGCAUUUUGGCAUUUCGUUUCCACGUAUGUGCUAGGUUCAAAUCCUGCCUAAAGCUAGACCCACAUGAUCGUUUUGCGUUUAGAAAUAGAAAUUUUUUUUAUUGAAAAUAAGGCUUAUUACAAAGCUUUAUAACCUCAUCUUCCCGCUGUAUUUCACCGUCUCGUCAUCGACAAGCAAAUGUGCCCACAUAGGCUUUCUCUCGUCGCUCGAAUGCAUUACGAAAAAACCUUUCACCGUAGCUCCGUAGUUUUCCUUUGUGCAAGUCAACACACUUUUCAUCUUUACCGGAACGUUCCAAACAUUCAAUUUCUUUUACCAGAUAAUUUUACCUUGCACAAAAAUGUGUAAAGGAAAAAGUGAGUAAGAACUGAGCCGAACUUUGGGGCCAAAUUCGUCUUGCUCUAGACUCCUGUUCUCGUUGCCAUUCCAACAGUGCCCCGGCCGUGUGUACUAGCCCGUGAAGAUUCCACUUACAUUCGCAGUCGUACCAACGCGCGUCGAGAGAAGAAGUAGCAGCAGCAGCAACAAAAAAAAACGCCAUUCUCAUGCUGGCGAUGAUGAUGAAAG